CGCCCACGCGGAGCCGGCCCCGCGCGCGCGCCCUGUGCUCCCCCGCGCCUGCGCGCUGCCCAGGCCCUGCCCGUGUGUGGGGGGCGCCGCCGGCCCCGGGGGGGUGGGGAAAAUAGGGGGGAAAAAAAACAGCGCGCGGAACCGGGCCAGGGUUGCCCACCCCCGCCACAAUGGCCUCUGGGGUGGAAGUCCUACGUUUCCAGCUGCCGGGCCAUGAGGCCGCUACGCUGCGGAACAUGAACCAGCUCCGGGCAGAGGAGCGGUUCUGCGACGUUACCAUUGUGGCCGACAGCCUCAAGUUCCGAGGCCACAAGGUCAUCCUGGCCGCCUGCUCGCCGUUCCUGCGGGACCAGUUCCUGCUGAACCCCAGCUCUGAGCUGCAGGUCUCCCUGAUGCACAGUGCACGCAUUGUGGCUGACCUGCUCCUCUCCUGCUACACGGGGGCUCUGGAAUUCGCUGUCAGGGACAUCGUCAACUAUCUGACGGCCGCCUCCUACCUGCAGAUGGAGCACGUGGUGGAGAAAUGCCGGAAUGCCCUCAGCCAGUUCAUUGAGCCCAAAAUAGGCCUCAAAGAGGAUGGGGUCAGCGAGGCUAGCCUUGUGAGCAGUGUCAGUGCCACCAAGUCCCUCCUCCCUCCAGCCAGGACCCCAAAGCCAGCCCCCAAACCCCCACCCCCACCUCCUCUACCCCCUCCACUCCUGCGGCCAGUGAAGCUGGAGUUCCCACUGGAUGAGGACCUGGAGCUGAAGGCAGAGGAGGAGGACGAAGAUGAGGACGAGGAUGUGUCUGACAUCUGCAUCGUCAAGGUGGAGUCAGCGCUGGAGGUGGCUCACCGGCUCAAACCCCCUGGAGGCUUGGGAGGGGGUCUGGGAAUUGGAGGCUCCGCCGGCAGCCAUCUUGGGGAGCUAGCCCAGAGCAGUGUGCCCCCCAGCACUGUAGCCCCACCGCAGGGUGUGGUGAAGGCCUGCUACAGCUUGUCGGAGGACGCAGAAGGGGAGGGCCUGCUGUUGAUUCCCGGAGGCCGGGCUAGUGUGGGGGCCACCUCGGGCCUGGUGGAAGCGGCAGCGGUGGCCAUGGCUGCCCGGGGGGCGGGGGGCAGCCUGGGGGCGGGGGGUAGCCGAGGACCCCUGCCUGGGGGCUUUUCGGGUGGAAACCCCUUGAAGAACAUCAAGUGCACCAAGUGCCCGGAAGUGUUCCAGGGCGUGGAGAAGCUGGUCUUCCACAUGCGGGCACAGCACUUCAUCUUCAUGUGCCCUCGCUGCGGCAAGCAGUUCAACCACAGCAGCAACCUCAACCGCCACAUGAACGUGCACCGCGGCGUCAAGUCACACUCCUGCGGCAUCUGCGGCAAGUGCUUCACGCAGAAGUCCACACUGCACGACCACCUCAACCUGCACUCGGGAGCGCGGCCCUAUCGCUGCUCCUACUGCGACGUGCGCUUCGCCCACAAGCCUGCCAUUAGGCGGCACCUCAAGGAGCAACACGGAAAGACCACAGCCGAGAACGUGCUGGAGGCCAGUGUGGCCGAGAUCAACGUCCUCAUCCGCUAGCCGGGCAGGCGUGGAGGCCAGGAGGCUGGGGUCCCUGGGCGGGGUGGGAAGAGGGCUCUUUGGCCCAGGAGAAUGGGGGGGAUGAGGGGGGAUAGGGCAGAAAGGUAGAGUGGGGAGCCUCAGCAGACACACACAUCCUGAGGGAGGGAGGAAGAUUUCCUUGGAGAGAACACUCUGCCUCUUCAGAGUGGAAGAAAAGGAUGGAGCCAGGGACAGCGUUUCUUGAGAAGGCCACGGGAAUGCGGGGUCCCAAAGAAAGAUUUUCUUCUCUUAGAGGUGCAUGUAUAUGUGGAGGGAGGGGAAAGGGUCCUAUAGAAAAGGG